CUUGGAGUGCAGUAUUUAUAAUUGAGUUAUAUUCUUGCUUUUUUCACAUUAUUAAUUAAAAUUAGAUUAUCAAUUUACUUUAUGCUUUCUAGAAAAGAUAAAUAAAAUAAAAACAAAAAUAUGUCUAGUAUUUCAUCUGAAAAAUCACCAAAGAAGCUUCAUGAUUCGACCAAUGUUGAUGUUCACAUUGAAGAUCAUGCUGUCGAAAAUGAAGACAGCACUGUCUAUACGUAUUUAGGUUUUAAGGGUCAAACUUUGCAUCACAUGAUUUCAUUUCUAGCAGGGAUGGGGUUUUUACUUUUUGGUUACGAUCAAGGUGUCAUGGGUUCAUUGUUGACAUUACCAGAAUUUAGAAAUACCUUUACUUCUAUUGAUACUACAAAAUAUCCAGAUCGAGCCACUUUUCAAGGUUUUGUAAUUGCUAUUUAUGAAAUUGGUUGUUUGGCUGGUGCUCUUUCUACGAUGUACUGUGGUGAUAAACUUGGGAGAAGAAAAACUAUCUUGAUUGGAUGUUGUAUAAUGAUAAUUGGUGCUGCAGUGCAAUCUUCUUCUUACUCUGUUGGUCAGUUAAUAGCUGGUAGAAUUAUUACAGGAAUUGGUAAUGGUAUGAAUACUUCUACUGUCCCAAUGUGGCAGUCAGAAUGUGCCAAACCAGAGAAGAGAGGUAAAUUGGUAAUGGUUCAAGGUGCAUUAAUCACCGGUGGUAUAUGUAUUUCGUAUUGGGUUGACUUUGGAUUCUACUUUAUUGGUACAAGUUCUGUAUCGUGGAGAUUUCCAAUCGCAUUUCAAAUAAUUUUCCCAGUAUUCAUCUUACCAUUCAUCAUGUACUUACCAGAAUCUCCUAGAUGGUUAUUAAAAGCAGGCGAAUUCCAAGAAGCAGCCAAGGUAUUCUCGGCUCUUAACGCCAUCCCAGUGAAUGACCCUGUAAUUGUUUACGAUGUUAAUGAAAUUGCAGAAUCGUUGGAGAAAGAAAGACAUGAUGGUGAAGAGAAGUCUAAAUUGCUACUUUUAUUUGUUCAAGGUGAGACUAAGAAUUUCCACAGAACUUGUUUGGCAGUUUGGUCUCAAAUUAUGCAACAAAUCACAGGUAUUAAUUUAAUAACAUACUACGCUGGAACUAUAUUCGAAAAUUAUAUUGGUUUAAGUCCUUUAAACUCGAGAAUAUUAGCUGCAUGUAAUGGAACUGAGUAUUUCUUAGUUUCUUGGAUCGCCUUCUAUACCAUUGAAAGAAUUGGUAGAAGAAAAUUAAUGUUGUUUGGUGCUGCUGGUCAAGCUAUGUCUAUGGCAGUCUUGACAGGUGCUACUUGGGCUGCUAGUCCAAAGCAUAAUAAUAGUAGUGGUGCAGCUGUUGUUGCUGCCGUAUUCUUAUUCGUCUUCAACACUUUCUUUGCUAUUGGAUGGUUAGGUAUGACCUGGUUAUAUCCAGCUGAAAUUACGCCAUUGAAUAUUAGAGCUCCUUCUAAUGGGUUGAGUACUGCAGCAAAUUGGUCUUUUAAUUUUAUGGUCGUUAUGAUUACGCCUAUCGCUUUCGAAAAUAUUGAUUCUUAUACCUACACUAUUUUCGCGGUUAUCAACCUUUUAAUGGUUCCAGCUGUUUAUUUCUUCUAUCCAGAAACUUCUGGUAGAUCAUUAGAAGAGAUGGAUAAAAUUUUUGAAUUAUCCAACCCUUACACUCCUUGGGAUGUUGUCAAAAUUGCUCGAGAGUUACCUUUCGAAAGUCAAACUAGGGAUACUGAUAUUGAGAAAGUUAAGGUUCAACAUAUUGAAUAAAUGCUUUUAUAUUGUAUAUCGUUUGUUUUAAUAAUAUCUUUAUGAU